AUGUUUUCUGAUGUUUUAAGAAGAAUUAAUGCUCAUGAAAUAUACAAGGUACUUCGAAUUUUGUGUUAUUGACUAACUCCUCGCUUUCUAGCGUCACAUUGACAUAUUCCACGCAGUCACCUAUGACAAUGUUGAGGGGCUCAUUGCGUGAGUCUUCUGAAAGUUUCCAUCUGGAUUACGGAAACGUUUUCAGUGCGUUUGUGCGAAACCAACAGUUUGACAUCAGGGACAAAAAUGGAAAUACGGCGUUGCAUUUGGCCGCCAAACAAAGUAAAGUGGUUCAGAAAUGUUUCUUCAGAAAGUACAGGUAUUUUCAGAACGACGCCUUCUUUGCCGAGCGCUUUGCGUAUUCGCUCCGCAUUUGGAUUUGUGGAAUCUGAAGAAUAAGGAGGGGAAAACGGCGGUGGAAAUGACUGAAGAUCCGAUGUAAAAACGGAUGAAUUCACGGGAAAAAACUUAAUUUUUAUGCAGGAUAAAGCGAGAUUUAUCGAGUCUGACGGCCGUUCGGAGCACCGUCGACAGCCACCACAUGGCAUUCAACAAGCUGCUCAUCGACCGGAAAAUCGAGAAAAUCAAAGAGAGCAAUCAGAAUCAGAAAGUGAUUCUGAGCCUCGACGGCGGCGGAUUACGCGUGCUUCUGCAGUGCUCGGUCUGAGCUGACUCCCAGAAAUAUUGAGAAGACAGAAGACGUUUAGAUUCUGAUGGCGAUCGAACGGGAAAUCGGAGAGCCGCUCCGGCAGAGAGUUCACUGGGUGGCCGGCACGAGUUGCGGCGGAAUCAUGGCCAGCUCGAUGAGCGUCGGUGAGCGAAUACUGAUGAGGUUUUCUGUUCUUUUUUUCCCGGUUUUUAACUUGUGUUUUAGCAGGCAUUUAAUUCCGAGGGUACAACAAUUUUGGGGCACAACAGGGUACAACCUAUUUUGGGGUACAACUUUUUUAAUUUUGGGGUACAACUUCCCCGAUUUUAGGGAAUAAUUUCUGUCAAGUAUUUUAGGGUACAAUAAUUUUAGGGUACAACACUUUUAGGGCACAACUAGCACAUAAUUUCAGGGCACAACUUCUUACAAUUUUGGGGCACAACAACAUGAUUUUAGGGUACAACACUUUUUUUUCUCAUUUUUUUGUAUUUUCUUGCAUUUUACUACAAACCCAUAUUCUUUUUAUACCAAUAUUUCGCUGAUUUUUUUAUUUCAAUGACUCAUCUCUUGUAAGAGAACCAGUCUUUCGACUCGUGCUUUCUGCGGCAGUUCACACAUUUUGUUUUCAUCAAAUCGUGAGGUUAUUCAAAACCUUUUAUUGCAAAAAAGCAUAUGACAGUAACAAGUUGAGCACAAAUGAACGGAUCUGAAAUAAAGAGUAGUUAAUCUGGGUUUUAAAUAGCUCUAUUAAUAAGGCGGGUUUAUGAGAAUAGGAUCAAGGCUUCCCUUGGGAGCAUAUUUUGUGGUGCACUAAAACCUCUACUGCAAGAAAACAAUAGACAAUAGACUAGAUUAACUACUCUUUAUUUCAGAUCCGUUCAUUUGUGCUCAACUUGUUACUGUCAUAUGCUUUUUUUUGCAAUAAAAGGUUUUGAAUAACCUCACGAUUUGAUGAAAAACAAAAUGUGUGAACUGCCGCAGAAAGCACGAGUCGAAAGACUGGUUCUCUUACAAGAGAUGAGUCAUUGAAAUAAAAAAAUCAGCGAAAUAUUGGUAUAAAAAAAGAAUAUGGGUUUGUAGUAAAAUGCAAGAAAAUACAAAAAAAUGAGAAAAAAAAGUGUUGUACCCUAAAAUCAUGUUGUUGUGCCCCAAAAUUGUAAGAAGUUGUGCCCUGAAAUUAUGUGCUAGUUGUGCCCUAAAAGUGUUGUACCCUAAAAUUAUUGUACCCUAAAAUACUUGACAGAAAUUAUUCCCUAAAAUCGGGGAAGUUGUACCCCAAAAUUAAAAAAGUUGUACCCCAAAAUAGGUUGUACCCUGUUGUGCCCCAAAAUUGUUGUACCCUCGGAAUUAAAUGCCGUUUUAGCAUCACCUAUUCUGACCGAUUUCAGGCAUAAACCUCCCGGACGCACUCCGCAUUUACAUCGUCGUGCGGAAGCGAAUCUUCGGCGGAAACUCGUCAAUGUUCCCGAGACACUCGUCCGCCGGCAUCGAGACGGUCCUCAAAGAGGUGAUGGGACCGAAGACGCCGAUCGGAAACAUCGCCGCGCAUCGGUGAGAAGCACUCGCAAUUUCAGCUUUAAAAAAGGCGGUUUCAAGUUUGCAUGAAUUUAGACAAUGAAAUUUUCAACUGAUUGAUUGGUGGUACUUUUACGUAAAUUAAGUUCACGGAAAAAAAAUUAUCAACUUUUGCUUUUUCUCGUGCUUUCAGAUGUAUUUCUAUUGGAAAAGGCAGUUCGAGACAACUAAAGCUGCGAAGCGUAGAAAAUGUUUCUAAAAAUUCCUGCAAACUCAAUUUCAGACUGGUGGUGACAACUGCGAAAGUGACCCUGGCGCCUCCGCAACUUGUUCUCUUCCGCUCCUACGCCCCUCGAAUAGACCCGAAGGAGUUUGAGCAACUCGGCUAUUUCAAGCCAGACCGAGUCCUUUUGUGGAAGGCUAUCCGGUGCACGUCGUCAGUUUUCCCUCUGCUCACAAUAGUCCUUGACGUAUCGAUUUCAGUGCGGCGCCCGUCUAUUUUUCAUCGUUCAACGGAAUGGCCGACGGCGCGAUAUUCUGCAAUAAUCCGUGCAUUAUGGCGAUGACCGAGUUUGCGAAGCUCAAGAAAAUUGAGAAUUAUCGUGGAAAAGUCGAGAGCUUUUGAGGCCAAUAGAACGUUUUCGAUUUCAGAAGAACAGCGACGAGAUAGGAUGCGUGAUCUCAAUCGGAACGGGCAUCGAACCGUCGUGUCCGAUCAACGGCAUCGACAUCAACAUGACGAACGCGAUCACGGGCAUCACAGGCAACUGGAUCGCCAGCGCCAAGAACCUCAUCACCGUUUUCCUCUACCAAUGCACCACUUCGCACAACGUGCACGUCGGCCAAUCGCGCGAGUGGGCCCAUUCGAUGGAGGUCCCGUUCUUCCGAUUCUCUCCGCAUUUGGCCGCCGCUUUCGAGCUGGACAACACGAAAAUCGACGAUAUCGUGAACGCCAUGUUCGACAAUGAGGUCCGUAGUCGCUUUUGGUCCGUCAAUCCGAAUCUGUUUGAAGGUGUACAUUCGGACAGAGGUGAAGCAGGAAAUCUCGGAUUUGUGCAGACUUCUAAAGUCGAUGCCACGCAACACGGAGGCGUGCGAAUACGCGAAAAUCACGGGAAACGAGGCGAAUCUGGACUCGCCGAAAAAGGCGAAAUCGACGAAAUGA